CGGCGGCGCGCUUUAGCGCGGUCUCGCUCCUGUGCUCAGUUCAGCAGAUUCUGUUCAUCCCGAGACGGACAACAAGAUGGCGAACUGAGUGGGUUGCGCUUUGAAAAGAAAGCAGCGACUCACCAGAUUUCAACUUUAAAUCGUCGAUUGUCUAGAUGUAUGGUCGAAUAAGUGGACACAUACAUCGUUAAGAAGAAAAAUCGCCUCUCAGAGCGAGGUGAUUUGAUGAGAGCGUCGAGGACAUCGACUCAUCCGUGUCCUUUAAGGCUAAGCUGCUAGUCAGCUAUUCGGGGAACUGUUGAAGAGAAAAAAGAGCCACAUCCUCAGGGGAAUCUGCCUUGUUUUUUACUUAAAUGCCAAGGCAUCGAAUCUCCUAUUCAGGCCGAUGUCCGUUAUCAUCUUAGUUUCGUCGUUGUGAGUUCUUAAGGACACAGCUAGCGAAGAAGAUACAUUUUAAGCUAGCUAGCAUUGUUUCUACGGGACUGAAUCGUCAAGUGAGAGAAAAAAACUCAAACCUCACCCUUUCACUCAGUUUCAGAGUAUUUCUCGGAAUUUUAGGACAUGGCCAGCAGCAGUGGCUCUAAAGCCGAAUUUAUUGUCGGUGGAAAAUACAAGCUUGUUCGGAAAAUCGGAUCUGGAUCCUUUGGUGACAUUUAUUUGGCAAUCAACAUCACAAAUGGAGAGGAGGUAGCUGUGAAAUUGGAGUCACAGAAAGCCAGACAUCCUCAACUUCUCUAUGAAAGCAAGUUGUACAAAAUUCUCCAAGGAGGAGUCGGGAUCCCACAUAUCAGGUGGUAUGGCCAAGAAAAGGACUAUAAUGUCCUAGUGAUGGAUCUGUUGGGCCCAAGCCUGGAGGAUCUCUUUAACUUCUGUUCUCGCAGAUUCACAAUGAAAACUGUUCUAAUGCUUGCAGAUCAGAUGAUCAGCAGAAUUGAGUAUGUGCACACAAAAAACUUCAUCCACAGAGAUAUCAAGCCAGACAACUUUUUAAUGGGUAUUGGCCGUCACUGUAAUAAGUGUUUAGAAUCUCCAGUGGGGAAGAGGAAAAGAAGCUUGGCUGUUAGUUCUUCUCAGGACCCAUCUUUCUCAGGAUUAAACCAGUUGUUCCUCAUUGACUUCGGUCUGGCCAAGAAAUACCGAGACAACAGGACACGACAGCACAUACCCUACAGAGAAGACAAAAAUCUCACAGGCACAGCUCGCUAUGCCAGCAUCAACGCACACUUGGGAAUUGAGCAGAGUCGUCGAGAUGACAUGGAAUCACUAGGAUAUGUGCUGAUGUACUUUAACAGAACCAGCCUUCCAUGGCAGGGACUGAAGGCUGCGACAAAGAAACAGAAGUAUGAAAAGAUUAGUGAGAAAAAGAUGUCGACCCCUGUCGAGGUGUUGUGUAAGGGGUUCCCAGCAGAGUUUGCCAUGUACCUGAACUACUGUCGUGGGUUGCGGUUUGAAGAGGCACCUGACUACAUGUACUUGCGUCAGCUUUUCCGCAUUCUCUUCAGGACUCUGAACCACCAGUAUGACUACACAUUUGACUGGACCAUGCUGAAGCAGAAAGCAGCACAGCAGGCAGCCUCCUCAGGGGGACAGGGGCAACAGGCACAAACCCCCACAGGCAAGCAAACUGACAAACCCAAGAGUAACAUGAAAGGUUUCUAACCAUUAAGACAAUGUAAUGAAGCAGAGCAGAGUUGGCCGUAGCAGGAUUUGCCUUCCAAUCACAUCCCGGCAUCUAGGAUCAAAUUCACCAGAACCUGCCAGGCACUGUGGGCAACCUUUUUCCUGUUAAAGAACUUUUGUUCCAUAUACUAUAUAUGUAAUCGGUAUAUAUAGAUAAGAUGCAUUGCAUAUAUCUAUAUAUUGGUAUGUAUAUACUAUAUCCACACAGAGAGCAGGCUUGGUUUGGAGUUGGAAGCUGUAGCCUUUUCUAUCGUCCUGUUCCUUAAGACUUUAUACCCCUCCUUCUUUGAAACUGAAAACUAUAGAAAAAGGUCGACUCACUGGGGAUAUAUUUGUGCGCGUGCCGAUAUUUUCCCCGAGUUUUCUCCUUCAAGAAAGCUGAUGUGAGGGGUCCUUCCUCAAUUCUUGGUUGCCCAUAAGAGCUGUUUCGUCCCCUUACCCCUUUCAUCUUCCUAUCGUCACCGAGAGUGGCGUGAACCCAGACAUUCUUCUUUCCGAACGGAGACAUCUGAGACACAUUUUCGUCCUUCAGUUAUUUUUGUCAAGCAAAGUGAGACCUAUUACAUUGAAUCUGUUGUAUUAAAUGUGUCCAAGUAAUUAAAAGGCAAACAUUGGAUUUGUUUUUUUUUCUCUUUUCUAAAAGGUGAUUACAGUUCUGCCUGCUGAUAUGUGCUAGAAAGCUUCUAAUGUGAAGAUUAAAAAACAUUCUAGUGACUACUAGGUUUCUAUUUAGAGCGCUGCAUUAACUAUAUUGUACUUGGUAUUCUGAAGUCUAAAAAAUAAAUAAAAGAAUAAACUCCACCAAAGCAUAUUCAUUAUAAAUUAGGCAUCACUUGACUAAACAUGUAUGUUAAUUGCUUAGAAAACAAUUGUAUGCAUCUAUGAUCUGGGUUUUUCACUUUGAAAAUGUUCAUGUUGAUUUGAAAAGGUAACCAUUCGUAAGAAUAACAUGCUAUGAUAGCCUCCAUGUCCUGUCUUGAGAAAAAUGUGCUCACUCCACCCUUCCCGUUACCAUUUUAUAUGCAUAUAUCUUUUUUUUUUUUUAAUCAGAAAAGUAUACUUUUUCAGUUUUAUAGAGUUGUCUUUCCCUUGUAUUGAAUUGAACAAUAAUUUUGGGGAAGGGUUUUUUGUUGCUUCUUCCUGUGGUGAAGCAGAUCCUCUUGUAAAAUAUCUCUGGGACUUUCUCUCUGCAACAGUUUUUGCUGCUGUUUAGUGGCGAUCUUUUGCUUAUUUCCUUUUUUUUAAUGCAAAAGUGUUGGAGGGUUUCUUUUCUAUUUAGUUUUGGGUCUUGUGAGGCAAAAGCAGUUUUGUUUGUUUGUUUUGUUUGUUUGUUUCCUCAGCCUUUAGCCACGACAAAUGCACAGAAGUUACUUGGCUUUCUUACCUCCAAACUGUCCCCAGAACCAGCUACGAGUACUUGUAAGCUGGCCGUUCUAUAAAAGUGUAAUUUAUGCCCUUUUAGCAUGUCAGAAUAAAUUAAAAUGACUUCUCAUAA